CCAUGUUCAUAUGUUUUCUGCUGUGAAAAGAAGCGCAGCGCGCCGUUUUUUGGCUUGUCAACCGAAACCACGCAACAAUUUUCUAUUGUAUUAAUCUUAUCAAAUGUGACGAAUUCCCAAAUGUUGUAUCCUAAAAUACAAAGUAUUCUAUGCGCUGCGAAACGUAAAGUAUAAUACAAUUGAAGUGUUUUCGUAAAUUGGACUAGAAAUUGUGUUCCCACCGAAGUGACCCGCGAACUCUUAACAUGCCUCUAUUGAAAAGGAAAGCCUUUGAGAAAUCGACGGCGUCGGAGUACCUCCGGGACGACGAUGAGGUUUUCCACUGCGAGAUCACCGACGAGAUUUUCAAAGACUAUGAGGAGUACUGUGAGAGGAUUAUAUUGGUUAAUUCCAUGGUGUGGACGUGUGAGAUGACUGGCAAGAACAACUUAACAUAUGCAGAGGCUUUAGAGAGUGAAAAAGCUGCCCGGAGAUCACUGAAGGACUUUCCAAUGGAGCUUCGAAUACCAAUAUUAUUCUUGGCUGCAUUAACAAAGAGAUGUUCAUUCGCUGAAAUGUCUGAAGAUGUGUUUAACUUUGUGAGGGAAAGAUACUUUGUCGGUGAGACAGUGGAGGCCUGCCUGGAGGGAGACCUAUGGAAGGAGGCCCAUGUUCUCUCGGUGACUGCUCAGAAACAACAGCCAGGCAGCAAAGUGUUGCCGCCAGCAACAUCGUACGCGUAUGAAGUGGAGCAAUAUGACGAGUCGGACGCGGCGUCGGCCGGACAGAUCGGCACGGCGCCGCACGACCGCGUCCGACGCCGCAAGGGCAUCUACACAAGGGACAAAAACCGCCUGUUUCUCAAACAGUUUGUGGAAAUGCGACCUGGUGGAGUUAUCGGGAUUAAGAAACCAGCACUUGACAAGUACAACAUCAGUAAAGUGAACUUUGAUCAGAUAUUCACCGGCAGCCCCCCAGAGUUCCCUUCGUCCAAAAAACUGUUGAAGUCCAGUCUUUCACCUCCUGGAUCCAAGAAUCAGAUGAAGCCAGGAUCGGCUACCAAACUGAAGUCCGCUAAGAAAGGCAGCCCACAGAAAGGCACACAGCAGAGUAUGGACAAGUUUGUUAAAAAGACAGACAAAUCUGAAGUGGCAUCAAAACCGAAGCCACCUGCUAACCCCGAAGCCAAAAAGAGCGCACAAGAGCUGGCUGAGAAGAUGCGGCGCGCUGAAGACCAGAUGCGACAGCGGAGGGAGGAGGAGAAGGCGAAGAAGAAAGAGAAGACCGCGCGGCUGAACGCCUACCUCAAGGAGUGGCAGAAGGUCAAGGAUGACUUAGACCUGGAAGACCAUAAGAUAAUACCAAAAGGCACUCCAAUAGAGAUGGAAGGUAUCGAACAGCGUCACUUCGGCGACUUCCUCUCGGUCUUGGAGUUCGUUCACACGUAUGCGGACGUUCUGAAAGCUAAGGACGUGUUCCACAACGGGCUGGACGUGGAAACCUUCAGGAAGGCGCUCACUUCUAAGGAGCACGCGGGCGUGUUUUGUGAUCUGGUGCAGAUGCUAUUGACGACUAUAUUCUCUUUGCAAGAAGACGAGGCUGAGGAGUACAAUGAGAAGGGCGGCAUUGAGGAGUCUAAUAGUGAUGAAUCGAUGGAUAUGGACAGUGAAGUGGGAAUGACGAAGGCGGUAGAGUUAGCAACGAAAGCCAGCAAAUGGUCACAGACCUACCUCGGCACGCCGCUCAGCAAACUACAGCUUGAUCCUACUACUGUCACUGAAGUACUUAGACUGCACAUCCUGUCGUCGGGCGCGGUGGGCGGCGGCCGCUGCGUCACGUGGCGCUACCAGCAGCGCGGCGGCUACAGCUCCCACGACGACGCCGCGCUGCUGCUGCGCAUGCGGCACCCGCGCCUGCUGCGGCACAUGCGGCACGCGCACCUCGCCGACCUGCCGCUCGAUGACAAGAUGACCGUACUCCAAUGCCUGAUGAACCAGAUUCUGAGCUACGCGACGGUGCGGGACAUCAUCGAGGAGAAACUGGAGGAGUUCAAGAAUUUGAAGCACGCGCUCAGGACACUCACGAUAAACGAGCGUAAACGUGAAAGCCAAGUAAUAGUAUCAAGAUCCGAGCUGAAGAAGGAGUAUGCGGCCAAGAAGGAGGAACUAAAGCUGACGGGAGAGAAAGCCAAGGCGCUGGACGAGGAACUGAAGGCAGCCAUUGAGAAGCUGGCGAAGGACAGCGAGCUCAAGAAACAGGAGUAUGAGAAGAAGCAGAAGGAGAUGCAGUUGGAGCUGUUUGAUUACACCUCGUAUCUUGGCAUGGACCGCGGGUUCCGGCGCUACUGGGCGGCGCGCGCGCUGGGCGGCGUGUUCGCGGAGGCGGGCGCCGAGCCGCGCGGCGCGUGCCGCGACAAGCCGCUGGCGCCGCGCGCGCGCGCGCCCGACGCGCUCGCCUACGUGGCGCAGCUGCUGGCCGAGCGCGACACGGCAGCGAGCAGCGACAAAGAGAACGACUCGGGGCCAAACUCCCGAGGCAGUUCACCGAAGAAGCCCCUGUCCAACGUGAACGGAAUGCCCCCCAAGGCGGCUGUAGACAGCACCACGCAGCAACUACAAGAGCUGUAUGUGUGCACCGGGGAUAUAAACACUUGUCUUGUACAUGACACGGGUGACCACCGUCCCCAGUGGUGGGUGUACCACACAGAGGAGCAGAUCGCGAGCCUGAUAGAGUCCCUCAACAAGAGGGGGGCGAGGGAAUCCGAGUUGAGGUCCGCUUUGGAGCUGGACCAACAUAACUUGGCCAAACAUGUUGCCAAGUGCCCCCUGCAUUUGUUGAAUAGUAGUGUACCUCAACCGCCGGCGCCCAACAGCCACGGCACGCGGCACCGCAAGCCGCCGCCGCCGUCGCUGGCGGUGCCGGCCGACUGCUCGCUGGCGGAGGCGCUGGAGCUGCAGCUGCGGGACCACAUCCUGGAGCUCGAGGAGAAGAUCUUCCACGGCUGCCUCGGCGCCAUCAGAGUGAAGGACCGAGAAGCGUGGCGCGGCACCAUAAUGUUGCGCGGGUACGACAAGCAGGCGGAGUUCCUCACGUGGGGCCCCCACCGCCAGUACCGGGACGACUACCACCUGCCAAACGGGGUUCUCAAACUACCCACCGACAUUGACAAAGAAGAAGUGAAAUCCAUACCGGCGAACAAAUACCGGGACCCGGGGCACUACUUGGAGCAGCCGAAGAGCAACGGCGUGAAGCUGGAGCCGGACCCUGAGCCGGCCGCGCCCCGGGCGCUGGCCGUGGUGCGCGGGCUCGCGUCCGCGCUGCUGCAGGUGGAACAAGCCAUUCACCAUAAGUACAUCAAGAGGCCAUUGGGUCUCGACGACAAGGAGCGCAAGGAGCGCGAGGCCAAGAACAAGCCCCUGGACCUGGAAGCCCUGGAGCGGUGGGAGGUGUCGCUGAUGGAGAGCCGCAGCUUCGCGCAGGUGGCGCUGCACCUGUUCUCGCUGGACUCCAGCGUCACGUGGUCGGCCAGCAUCCUCAACGCCAGCUGCCGCAUCUGCCGCCGGAAGGCCGACCCCGACAACAUGCUGCUGUGCGACGGCUGCAACAAGGGCCACCACCUCUACUGCCUCAAGCCCAAGCUCACGAAAGUACCUGAUGGUGACUGGUUCUGCGCGAGCUGCAAGCCUAAGGAGCCGCCCACGCCGCGCAAGCGCAGGAAACUGUUCUCCGACGAGGAGAUCGAGGAAAUGUUGGAGGACAGCGACGCGGAGCCGGAAGUGGACGGCGGCGUGUGCGGCGCGUGCGGCAGCGGCGGCGUGCUGGGCGGGCGCUGCGCGGGCUGCGGCGCGCGCUUCCACGCCGAGUGCGCCGCGCCGCGCCCCGCGCGCGCCGCCCGCCGCUGGCUGUGCCACGGCUGCCUGCACCCGCCCAGAGAGGUGCGCCGCUGCGCCGCCACCGCCAUGACCAACAUCCACAACUACACGCGCGCGCAGAACAGAAACAGCUCCGACUCGGACGACAGCGAGUGCGACGUGGCGCUGGUGAAGCUGAAGAGCAAGAUGUCUCGCGGCAGCAAGGAGCCCUCGCCCGCGCUCAACGGCAGUAGAAACGCCAGGAAAUCAAAAGAAACAUCUUCUAGAAGAUCCAAGAAUUCCCUAACAAAUGGAGUACACGAGGAGAAACCGUCUUGGAAGAGCAGCAGGCGCGGCGGCCGGCAGCCGGGCGCGCUGCACGGCGACGCGCUGCAGCAGCUGCUGCGCGACGUCAUGAAGCACCGCGACUGCUGGCCCUUCUACGAGCCCGUCGACGUCGAUGCGGUGCCAGAUUACCUGGAAGUGAUAUCGGAGCCGAUGGACUUCACUACCAUGAAGCAGAAGCUGGAGGGCGGCGAGUACCGCAGCGACGGCGAGCUGCUGGCCGACGCCGCGCUCGUCCUCACCAACUGCUACGUCUAUAACAAAGACACGCAUCCUGUCGCCAGAGCCGGCUACAGACUGGAGAAGUACAUCAACAAGCGCUGCGGCGAGCUGGAGCUGCCGCCGCUGCCGGACAUCGCGCCGGAGGGCGAGCCGCAGCCCGCGGGCGCGGCGCCGGCGCGGCGCGGCGCUCCCGAGCACGAGGAGGCGCCGCGCUCCAAGCGCGCCAAGCUCAAGUGAUGCCGCGCGCCGCCCGCGCGCCUGCGCGACUACCUCACGGACUGGUGCGCUGCUGAUGUGAUUAUGUGAUGUGUAAAUAUAGUUAGUGAUGUGUCAAGUAGUGAGUGAUGGUGCACGCGAUCGUGUUUUGUUUCCGACUGCCUUCACACCGGACAUGCUGAGCUCUCCCUGGCCGAUGUUUUCUUUCCAAAUCAAAACUGUUUGAAUUAGUAAUUGAUAAAUAAUUUUCUGUGUAAACUUUAACCUUUCAAAGGUGACACUGAAAUAUGAGGUUUUGUUUAAAAAUAAAUUAUUCUUGGAAAGAUACUCCGCUCAUUCCAUAUAAAAUAAAUUUGGCUUAUUUUUGUAUAAGCACAGUUAUUGUAUGUAAAAAGAUAAAUUGUUUUCUUUAUUUUCAUUAAUGGUCCAAUAACCUUAAAAAAGCCGUGCUUCCCAACAGCAAUUCAUACCAUUACAUGUUUAAAAUUUAUAUUGAAAUAAAAAUAAAAUUUUGAAUAUAAGAUGAAUCAAUCAAUUAAAAAGGAUUCUUUGUUUCAUGCUUUCGUAGACAUUGGCAUAAAAUGAAAUUGUCGUAAUUUGCUGUAGGUGAAUAAAUUCAGUUUGCUUUUAUCAUUAGUCCCACAAAGAAAUCAAUGAUACGAACAUUAAUUCUUGUCACAACAUAAAAUUGUUUUGAAAUUUUGAAUAAUUCAAGGAAUAUAGUUGUUCAGAAUAUUCUAUGUUUAAUUUACCUUUAGGUAGGGAUAGAUUGGUUUGGGAGGUCAAUUGUAAAAAAUAAUGUAUGAAUCGAAAUUGAUUAAAUUUAAAUGUCUUGUUCUUACCAGAUUUGAAAUGUAAUUAUUAGAUCAAAGUGUGCAGAAAGAUUUACAAUGUUGAUUUUUUGUUAAAUAAUCUCUUUUUUGUUUUUGUUGAAAAUCUCAAGUAUUUAAAAAGAAAUCUUUUCUAAACUCAGUACAACAGUUUUCAAGAAACCUUAUUUAGCAAGUCAACAGUAAUCAUUAAAUGUUGGGUUUUAGAUGGAUUCUGAACUCUUAGGGGUGCAACAAACUAAGGCAUUUAUUUCAGCCCACCAAAUCUAUACUUGUUAAUUAGGCUUUUGCUCCUCACUUUGUCUUAUUGAAAAUUCUCUCAGUAUUAUAUUGAAAUGGUGAUAUAAGGCAGUGCCUUUAUAUAGAGAGUUUCUACAUACAUUACAUAGCUUGUACAACUACAGAAUAUGUAAAUACCUACAUCCUUUAACUAUAUUAUCUGUACAUUUACUAAAAAAUAUAUAAACUGUUGCAUUUAACCUAAAAUGACAAUUUGAAAAAUGAUGACGUUAAUACUUAUAUAGGAACAUAAUGUUUGCCUGCUCGUAUAUAUGCGGAAUUUUAAAAUAGCGUGUUAGUGAAAUAUAUAUUUUUUUUCGGCUUUCUAUGGUGAUGACGAUAUAACGAUUAUGCCAAAUGAAGCUCUUUUCGCGAACUUGUAAUUUCAUUUGAAUAAAACUUAGUACCGGUACACAACGAGCUGUUUGUCUUGUAUUUAUCAUCUUUUGGGAACCUUUAUUUGAUAAAUAAUGUUAAAUGAAAAAGUUAAAUAUCCCCAAACACUUCCCUUUUUCCUUAGUGUAUAGUAUGCUACUACUCUACUUCUGCUAUUCUAGCCCUUAUAUUUGAUGUCGAUUUUGUGAAAAAUAUGUUAUCCGAUGUUUUGAUGCGGCGGCCAUCUUUGGCCGAAUUGCAUCAAACAUAGCUAAAAACCAUUCCCGACUUUAAGCGUUACAGGAAGGUUAAUUAUUUUAUCAAUUUUAGUUUGGAUUCCUCUUUUGGGUUGAAAAUAAACUUUUUUUUUAUUUUCUUCAUAAUAAUGUCGGCGAGUUUAUUUUAUAUAAGGUUUAUGUUGUUUUGAAAAUGUUAUCUCAUAACAUAUUCAAAGCGUAGCCGUUUUAAUCUCUGAAUUCUCGUAGUAUAAGCAAGUGCAUUCCUGUGUAACAGAAUAAUCAACUGUUUGAGCUGUUUUCAAUACCAUUUGCUUGCGAUUUAUUUAUUUAUGUAAUUUAUAAGGUGUUUUUAAUUUAUAUUAUAGUGAAUAAAGCACUCUCGUACAUAA